GGAGUUUUGUAGGAUAGACUCUGUAUUAGCUGCAGGGCUGUUGGCCUCCCUUUCUUCAUUUCUCUCUUAAAGAGAACCAGCAGGAAUAUAAAGCAGCCCUCAGAUCUCUCUGCACUGCUUGUUGGUGGGAACUGAGGAACCUUUUCUCCCUGAGUGUCUUGCAGAGUACCUGGCCCUGUAGAAAAAAUGAGCGAUUUGCUGGACGAUGGCUCUUUCAUGUUCACGUCGGAGUCCGUGGGAGAGGGACAUCCAGACAAGAUCUGUGACCAGAUCAGUGAUGCUGUCCUGGAUGCUCACCUGAAGCAGGAUCCAGAUGCCAAAGUGGCCUGUGAGACGGUAUGUAAGACUGGCAUGGUGUUGCUCUGUGGAGAGAUCACAUCUCGGGCCAAUGUGGACUACCAGAAAGUGGUGAGGGACGCCAUCAAACACAUCGGCUAUGACAACUCCGACAAAGGUUUCGACUACAAGACGUGUAACGUGCUGGUGGCUCUGGAGCAGCAGAGUCCAGACAUUGCUCAGGGGGUCCACGUUGACAGGAAGGAGGAGGACAUUGGAGCGGGAGACCAGGGUCUGAUGUUCGGCUAUGCCACAGAUGAGACGGAGGAGUGCAUGCCUCUCACCAUCGUCUUAGCCCACAAACUCAACUCAAAGAUGGCUGAACUCAGACGCAACGGCACCAUCGCCUGGCUGCGUCCUGACUCUAAAACACAGGUGACAGUACAUUAUGAUCAGAAGGAUGGAGCUGUGAUCCCCAAGAGAGUUCACACCAUUGUGAUAUCUGUUCAGCAUGAUGACUUCAUCACUCUGGAGGAACAGAAGAGGGUGCUCAAGGAAAAGGUGAUCAACGCUGUGGUUCCUGCUAAAUAUUUGGAUGAUAACACCAUCUACCACCUCCAGCCUAGUGGCCGCUUCGUUAUUGGAGGACCCCAGGGUGAUGCUGGUGUGACAGGCAGGAAGAUCAUUGUAGACACAUACGGAGGGUGGGGAGCUCACGGUGGCGGAGCUUUCUCUGGCAAAGACUUCUCAAAGGUGGACCGCUCUGCUGCCUACGCCGCUCGCUGGGUGGCCAAGUCUCUGGUCAAGGCCAAACUGUGCAGGAGAGUUCUGGUUCAGGUGUCUUAUGCUAUCGGAGUGGCCCAACCUCUGUCGAUCUCCUUGUUCACCUACGGUUCCUCCCAGAAAACAGAGUCAGAGCUGCUCCACAUUGUCAACAAGAACUUUGAUCUGCGGCCAGGAGUCAUUGUCAGGGAACUGAACCUGAAGAGGCCAAUCUACCAGAAAACAGCCUCCUAUGGCCACUUUGGACGAGCAGAGUUUACUUGGGAGAUGCCCAAAGAGCUUGUCUACUAAAUACUCCACUUGGUUGUGCUGCUCGACUCAUCUGGAGGCUGAAAAAGAAGCCUCCUCAUGGGUUACAACUGCCAGCUCCAUCAACAGAUAGGAUGUAUUUUUAAUAGGAAGAACUAAAGCCAAAGUUAGGGAUAAAUCAGCUUCAAAGAGGUAAUUAUAAAAUGGUUGACGGACACAUAAUGGGACACUGCAGAGGACAUCUCAGUAACCAACCCCCCCCCCGUCUUUUUCAUGCCCACAAAACAUCCAAAUAGUGGUGCUUUAAGAAUACUAGUGCAGUGACCGU